AUGCGAUAUCAUAAGGCAGAGCGCUUGUAUGGAACCGACAAACCAGAUCUUCGAAUUCAGUGGACAAUUGAGGACUGUAGUUUUGAACUUCCGUUCCUGAAUAAACGAGGUGUAUCAGAUUUUGUUGUGAAGGUAUUCAUUGCUAAAGAUGCGGCUUAUGUUGCUGAUUGCAGCAGAGUAAGUGAAUGGGCCAAGAUUCUACAAAACAGUAAAUUGUUACAGGUUCGUGCUGCUUACCACUAA